AUGACAACAGUAGUUUUUUUCUCGCCUGCGUUACUCCAGGCGAAAUCUCGACGGUCAUGUCCUAAUAUUCGAAAUCGAUCCACGUCACGUCCCGUGGUUUCAGCAUCGUUAAGCCAAAUCGAAGCAGACGCAACAACGACCAUCCUCAAUUCAAGUAUUGUCGUCUCAUCAGAACCGAUUUCAAAGAUUGUACAUUACAUCUCUGUAGCAGAUCUGGAUCCAGAAACUGCGAAGCUUGCAAUUGGUAUCUUAGGUCCUGCGUUAUCAGCUUUUGGGUUUCUCUUCAUCUUGAGAAUUAUCAUGUCUUGGUACCCAAAACUUCCUGUUGAGAAGUUCCCUUACGUUUUGGCUUAUGCUCCGACUGAACCAAUACUUGUUCAGACGAGGAAAGUGAUUCCACCACUUGCAGGUGUUGAUGUGACUCCAGUGGUUUGGUUUGGACUUGUGAGUUUUCUUAGUGAGAUUUUGGUUGGGCCACAGGGACUUCUUGUUCUUAUUUCUCAACAACAAGUUAGCUAG